AUGGAUCUGGAAGACGGGCUGACAGCCCUGGACAAGAUAGUCACUCAGUUCAACACCUAUGAAGAUUAUCUCGACUCGCAGGUAACUGACGAGGACUUGUACUACCUAGAGGACGAAGACCUGGCCCACCAGUUGGUGGAGCUAGGCGGCCGAGGGACUGGCAAGGUGGUGAAACGGGGAGAUUUUGAAGCCAGGAAGGCAGCUAUCAUGGCUAUCAGGAAGGCAGCUGUAGAGGCUGCAAAGCUGGCUGAACGAACUCAGAAAAAGACAUUAACAAGCACUUCUAAAGACCUGCAAGAUAAUUUUCUGAAGGCUCUGGCAGUGAGAGAAGAAGACAAUCGCAAUGGGAAAGUGAGUUCUGUGAUCUUCAUUCGAGACAGGAAUUCUCAUGGGCAGCAGGUGUCAGCAUACAUUGACUACGCCCACAGGCUAAAGACGGAAGAUUUUGAAGCCUACUUUAAUGGGAAAAAAAGACUUCUUCCAAGACCCACAGAUCUGAGCUUUUACAACUGGAACAGUAAUACUGCUAUUUGUAAUUCAACUCCCAAUUAUCAAGUGAUUGCUGAUAAUCCAGAUGGAUUGGUUUUCAAAUACAAAAGAGACAGCAAAAUUCUCAAGGUGGACCCAAAAGCUCCGCCAGGUGACGAUUCUACUAGAACCCCCAUCGACACAGAAUUGUACACCCAAGCUGUCAUUUUUGACCACAUUUUCAGAGGAUAG